CAAUCCGUAGGGAGUGUUUCGGUGAACGGAAUUGAAGGAAUAAUUUUGGUGAACGAUGGAAAUAUGUGAAUUGGAAGGUUUUUUCCAUCAGCACUACGAUACUUUUCGUUUGGCAAUCGGUGAAAGUGAUUUCGAAACGUUUGCUCAGCUAAAAACCGAUCAACAGCGAGUAGAGUUCGUAGAAAAUAUUCUGCUGGAACGUUUGGAUAGUUUUACGAUCUUCAAACCGACUCUCACCGGAAUAGAGAAAAAUCUCCCAAAAGCGCUGGAAUUCAAGGAACAAGGAAAUCAAGCCCUGUAUCGGGAAGAGUGGCAAAAGUCACUCAAAUGUUACAACGAAGCUCUUUUCUGGUUGCCAUCGGAAAAUGAACUGGACAGAAGUCUCAUUCUGGCUAAUCGGUCGGCAUCUCUGUUUCAUCUCAACAAAUUCAGCCAUGCACUGGAGGAUCUUAGACUAGCAAUAGACCUAAACUAUCCUAAGGAGAAGCUGUUUAAACUUCUGGAGAGGAAAGCUAGAUGUUACUUUGCAAGGAAAGAUCUUUUGAAUGCACUUGAGAAUUUUAGAGAGUCCUACAAUGCAUUGCACUAUUCCAAUUUGAGUGGAGAAAAAAGAGAUAAAUGGAUGAAACAACUUAAGAAAGUUAUUUUCGAGCUCGACGAACGUGUUACUCAGGCGAAAAAGUAUCUUACACCAGUAACACAUAACGUGACAAAACCAUUCGUCCCCUAUGUGGAUAAGGCUCUGUACUUCGAUAGCUCGGAUAAUGAGGGUCGAUUUGCUCGAACGAAUUGUCAUCUGAAUCCAAGCUAUUUGCUUCUGAAGGAGAAACCGCAUGCUUCAGUCGUCUGCGAAGAAUAUUGUACAACUCAUUGUGAUCGUUGCUGCCUCAGAGUUGAAGUGUUGUUUCCCUGUCCGAAUUGUAUCGAUGUGGUGUAUUGCUCGGAGCAAUGUCAACAGGAAGCACUCAAUACGUUUCAUAAGUACGAGUGUAGAUUCCUACCAUUUCUAAGGAAACUGGGAGCCAAUAUCGUUUGCUUUCUGGCUUUGCGAAUUAUUACCCAACGCAGAGAAGAUUAUUUCCUUAACUUGAAAGAAGAUCUGAGUCAGCUGUCAGAUGAUGAUGUGACAAGAUUACCUGUCGAUGAUUACCGGCGCAUCUAUAACUAUGUUACGCACUCCUCUCAAAGGAGUCCGGAAGAUUCUCUGCAAUGGACCCUGAUGGCUGUCUUAAUCAACCGAAUGCUGUUACAUGGUGGAUACUAUAGUAGUGGUUGUACGAAUAGUUACAUCGGAUCGCUGCUGCUGCACAAUCUUCAGGUGGUAACCUACAAUUCGCACGAAAUAGCGGAACAUCAGCGACUUCGUGCCAAUGAUUCCGGAACAUCCGUUUGCAUUGGAGCUGGUCUUUAUCCAACUUUGGUGUUCUUCAACCAUUCUUGCGAUCCCGGAAUCACUCGAUACUUCAUCGGCAAUGCAGUGUAUGUUCGAACCUUGAAAAACAUUCCUCCUGGGGGGACCAUUUCGGAGAACUACGGUCAACUGUAUGCACGCAACGAACGAAAAGAUCGACAGAAGAAACUUUUCGAAGGGUACAAAUUUCAGUGCAAUUGCCAGGCUUGCCAGGAAGAUUGGCCGCUGGUUUUCAAUAUGAACCCGUCUAUGGUCCGAUUGAAGUGCGCUGGAACCGAGGGUUGUCCCAAUGCGUUGGUUUUUAAAGUGGAGGAUGAUCGUCCCGAGGUGAUGACAUGUGAUCGAUGCGGAGCGUUGACCGAUGUUAGCAAUAGUUUGGAAUCACUAAUGAACACUGACAUGCUUAAUCGGUACCAGGCUGCUAAUAAUCUGUUAGAUCAGGGUGAAUACGACAAAGCUUUGGCCAAGUAUUCGGCUAUCAUGACAUCUUUGGAUGAAGUCCUUGUGCAACCAUAUAGGGAAUAUUAUCUUUGUCAGCAAGGAAUUCGACGAUGUACUAUUGAAAUGGGAAACAAGUAUAUAGAAAUGAAAUAA